UUGGUCAAUGAAGCGGAGGGGCUGGAUUGGGGGAGGUGCGGGAUACUCUGACCCCCAUGGUACUCUCUUGGAAGGGCUCGCGGCGUUCCGGUCUAAUUAGCAUAACCGUCGUCUCGUUAACAUAACGGUCACCCGAUUAGCAUAACAGUCGCUGAUUUGCAUAACGGUCGCUGGGUCCAGGUGAGGUUUGAGUCUGAGGGAGAUGUUUCUAUUGACGCGAGAAAGUACCGAAAGGAAUUGAGAAAAAACGCAAGACAAGCCGGACUAACAUCUCCAUUUUUGGUUUUUAUACACAUUUUCUUUUUUUCUCGCUCUAAAAUAUGGGAAUUUCCUACACAUGAACCUCGGCGAUUUAAGAACCAUCUUCAGUUCAUGGAUACGCUGUUUCGACUACUUAAUGAGACGACAAUUCCUUCUUGGAUGCUGUUUCUCCACUUGGAGUGACUCAAACCAGAAAGACAGGAAUGAAUGGUGCACCAGGAGAUGUGUUAUCGUUGUAGGGGGUGGGCACUGGUUUUUACCAAACGAGAAUGAGCUACAACAAACAGAAACAGUAAUUCCUGUGGGUGGGGGGGGGGAGGAAGUCAGGCACCAACAGUGGAAAGACAAAAAAAGUUAACAUGUCCAUUCCAGUGACCCUUCUGCAGAAGUCACUAAAAUGACCUACCACCAGUUUGGCCAUUUGUCUUUCAACUUCUACAAUGAUCAUGACAUAAAGUAGAAUGCACAGAGUUGAUCUUCCUGUACAAAGUGUUUGAAAAUGGCUGUAUAAUUUUUUUGCACCAGAGCGUCCACUGCGUGUUGGACCUAUGUAUAUUGUUGGUGUGAAAGAGAUGCUUGUUGCUGUAGCGUUGUGUAGCUCACCUUUCCUCCAGGCCAGCAUAACUACUGUUUAUUGAAGGUACUACCUUGACUGAGAACUCUGAGGCAUAGAAAAUGAUUUAUCUUGUGCCAGGUUUGCCCAUGUCUCAGUAUUAAAAUGACAUCCUCCCCUGAGACCUUCGACAAUAUAGUAAUUCUGACGUUGAUGUCCAGAUCAUUGUGAAUAACUCUGGAGAGAAAGAAGAGUACUGCUGAGGGAAGGAUGCCCUCAGGCAUGAUACAUUGGCGAGACCGAGCAGAGGCUGCGGCAACGGAUGAAUGGACACCUCACAACAAUCAUCAGCCUGUAGUGUUCCUUCCUAGUUGGGGAAUACUUCAGCAGUCCGGGAUAUUUGGCCACAGACCUUCAGAUGAGUCUCUGACUGAUCCCUUCAGACUAGACGGUGAUUCUCAGUCGAACUGGUGGAAAGUGUCGACUGAUUCAGAGGACAGCUCAGAAAACAACGAUGCUAACCUGGAUAAAUAUGAGUCUCUGACUGAUCCCUUCAGACUAGACGGUGAUUCUCAAUCGAACUGGUGGAAAGUGUCAACUGAUUCAGAGGACAGCUCAGAAAACAACGAUGCUAACCUGGAUAAAUAUGAGUCUCUGACUGAUCCCUUCAGACUAGACGGUGAUUCUCAGUCGAACUGGUGCAAAGUGUCAACUGAUUCAGAGGACAGCUCAGAAAACAACGAUGCUAACCUGGAUAAAUAUAUAGAAGAUUUUCAAAUGACUGACUCAAUAUUGCACAUAAAACCACAGGAUCUGACUGAAAUGGGGGUAAGAGUGAUACCGGAGACCGUUGUGAAUGAAGAUUCGAGCUGGGGCGAAGACUCAACUGAUUCUGAGGUCAGCCUGGAAGAUUUUUCAAAGCAGAAACAUCCACCUACUUCAUAUCCAAGGUAUCAUAUUGUUCGCCGUUUAACUAGUAACCAUAGUGUCUUGGAAGCUCUGAGGUGCCAUCUGUGUACAUACAACCCUCCCACAAAAUGUGGGCACUGUGUAAACAUCUUGCUGGUUGGCUUGGUGGGAGCUGGUAAAUCAGCCACCAUUAAUACAUUUCUCUCAGCUCUGAAUCCAAAUAGAAGAACUAUAAGCUGUGUCCCAACUGGAGUCCAUCCUGAUUCUUUCACAACCAAGCUCAAAUCCUACAAGUCAAACUCACUGCAGUUCUGGGAUACUGCUGGCUGGGAUUCAUUGAAAGAUGUGGACAAGAGAAAGGAACUAUUAACAAUGAUACUGGAAGGAAGGGUGCCACCAGGAACCGAUUUGCAGGAUUUCAAUCCUUAUUCAGAUGGUGCACAGAAUCCAGUCAUUCCAGAAAAUGUAAUUCAUGCUGUUGCAUUCAUUUUUGAUACUUUCACUAUGGAGGGCAUUAAUAUGGAUUUGAUGAAGCAAUUUCAGGAACUACAAACCAUUGUAUCACAGAAAGGUAUUUACAAUAUUGUGAUUGGGACCAACUUUGAUCGAUUGAGGAUACCACAGAGAAGCUAUAAUCGCAUUUAUGAAAACAGAAAACUAAAACGGAAGUUUGCAAUGUUGUCCGAUUAUACUGGGAUGAAAAAACGCACCAUGUUUGCUAUUUCGAAUGAGUGGAAAGGUGAUAAGAUUGAGAAGACAAAAUGUAUUCUUGCUUUGUACGCUCUGAAAAAUAUAGUCAAAAACAUAGACCCAUCGAUAAAGCUUAAAAGGCAAAAUACUGCAGAGGCUGGAAAUUUGAAAUGAAAACAGAAAAAUGCUGGGAACACUGACAGCAGCAUCUUAAAGCCAUAUUUCAGGUUCAGAAGGACUAUUCUUCAGAACCUCCAGUUCUCCUCCUUGACUCAAAACAUUUACUCUGUUUCUCCCUUGACAGAUGCUAUCGGACUGUUGCGAAUCAUCAGAAUUUCCCAGUAUUAAUUGAUUUAAAGAUGGUUGGCAUUUGAAGGCCUAAUGUAUAAGUACUCUGUAUAUUCUUGAUCCACAGUGGCUGCAGUCACAGAAUCAGUUAGCAUUGAAAAAGACCAUUCCGUCCCCUUGUAUGUGCUGGCGCGUUGAAAGAUCCAUUCAAUCAACUCCACUCCCAAUUGCCUCUUCCCCAUAACCUUGCAUAUGUUUAUUAUCCAAGUAUUUAUCAAAUUCACCUUUGAACGCUCCUCAUGUAUCUGCUUCCACCACUCGUGCACACACUGCAUUCCAGAUCACAGCAACUCAUUAUGUAAAGAAAACAAACAAAACAUUCUCAUUUCCCCCUCUCGUUGUUACAUCUACAACUGUCUGGGUAGCAACCAUUUUGCCACUGGAAACGUUUUCUGCUUAUUUAGCGCUGCUGAAAAAAAGGCAAAUUUUGCUGAACCUUGUCCCUUGCAUUCAUCAGGUCAAUUUUCAAGACAGACAAAUGUCAGUUAUAUCUUUUGUGGUAUCAAAAUCACACCCUGCUCCAGGUGUCUAAUUUUCCCCUGAUUUCAUGAUUCCUCACGUGAGUAUCACUGACCAGGCCAGUAUUUGUUUCCCAUCCCUUGUUGCCUUGAGAAGGUGAUGAUGGGCUGCCUUCUUGAAGCACUGUGAUAGGAAGACCCACACUGCUUUUUGGAAAGGUGAGAGUGUUCCACAUUUUUGACCUGGCAGCGGUGAAGGAACAUUGAUAUUUCUAAGUCAAAAUAGUACAUGACUGUGAGGGUAGCCCAGCAGUGUCAUCUUAUAAUGGCGUCACAAGAUUGGUAGUCUUAUGUAAUAAAUAGUUUAGAUGUGUUUUGCUCUCUAUUUUAUUUUCAUUCUUUGUAAAACAUAAAAUUUUAAUUAUAAAAGCAAUACCUGGUGCUAAUUGGAUGGAUGCAAAGCAUGUUUAAUAGUAAGGUAAACUCAAUGCUGCAAUCGAGUCAAUGAAGUUUUGUCACAAACAUAUUUUUUUCUGUGAUUUUCAUUGCAGUAUGGACACAGUAGAUCCAGUGGCCUCCAGUGCUACAAUUGUUCCAUGAUUCUACUGGCAGAGUCCAGCAAAAAGUUUUCAGUUCAAUUAGUAUCAUUGUACAUUUAAGAGGGACUGGUUCUGUCCUCUUUCUCUUUAAGAGGGGUAUUGUAAAUCUGGUGCCAAGGUUUCUGCUGCUUGGAAAAUCAAAGUCUGGAGCAUUUUUUUUCAGUUUAAAAAUGAAUGUGUGUGUGUGUGUGUGUAUGUAUGGAGUCAGGCUCAAACAACCCUGGAUUUUAGUUUUGCUUUCAGCUAUUGACGUUGGGGUUGUUGGAGUUGAAAAUACCAGACACAACUCUCUCUCUGCUGCUAGAUUCUUUCUGACAGUGUUCCUUCUCCUGGACUGGAGGAGAUAGGAAAGGAGGGAAAUCGGUUUUGCUGAAUUUGCCUUUGACAAGGCAUUGUUUAUGAGAUGCUGACAUAUUGGAUCAGUUGAUAACUAAUAGUUAAAUCAUCUAUUACAUUUGUUAACUAUUUUGAUAUAAUUAAAGUUAUGCCAAUUCUUAUUAUAACUGUAGUGUAAGGAUAAAUUUUAUUUUGCUUAAAAUCUAGUAGUUUGACUAAACAAAUCACAUCUGAAAUGCAGUGCCUUACAUUUGCCUUUUAAAAAGGAUAAGAGAGAGAGGAUUGGCUAUGUUUUGAAGGGGUUUGGUCUGGUCCAUAACAUCACUG